AUCACCGUCUGGUCACACUACUUCCCGUGACGUCACGAAACCAAUUGUUUUUUCCAAAGUUUAUGAAUCACCAAAGCAAAGUUCCUUGUUUUCAUUAGUAAUUUACCUGCCAAGGGUGACGUUCAGGAUGUUCUCCAGCGGCCCCAACUACAACAAGCUGAAGACCAAUCUCCGAUUGGCUCUGAAUCGUCUCAAACUGCUGGAAAAGAAGAAGGCGGAGCUGACGCAAAAGUCGAGGAAGGAGAUUGCCGACUACUUGGCCACGGGCAAGACGGAGAGGGCACGUAUUCGUGUAGAGCACAUUAUAAGGGAGGACUACCUGGUGGAAGCCAUGGAAAUGGUGGAAAUGUACUGCGACCUGUUGCUCGCCCGCUUCGGACUCAUCACACAGAUGAAGGAACUGGAUACAGGGAUCGCAGAGCCGGUGGCCAGCCUGGUGUGGGUGUGUCCCCGCCUCCAAAGCGACAUCGCCGAGCUAAAGAUCAUUUCUGACAUCUUUGUGAGCAAGUAUGGUCCGGAGUUCGCCGAGCACUCGCGCACGGCCACCGGAGAGCAUUUCGUAUCGGAAAAACUGAUGCACAAGCUCACGCUGCAGGCACCGCCAAAGCUGCUGGUGGAGAAGUACCUCAUAGCCAUAGCCAAGAACUACAACAUCGAGUACGAGCCGGAUCCGCAGGUCAUGCAGGAGGACCAGCCGCCGCAGCAGCAUCUGAUUGAUCUGUCCGAUAAGAAUAACCUAAGUGGGGGUCCCGGAGGCCCACCACCUCCGCAAAUGGGUUUUAUAGGGUAUCCGCAGGUGCCCCCGUUGCCCCAUAUGCCGGAGCCACCCAGCAGCAAGCCAUUUAACUAUCCACCUUUCGGAGGAGGUGGCGGAGGAGGCGGUGGAGCCUGUGCUGUCCCUCCACCCGUACAGCAGCCGCCGCCGCCGUUUGCCUACAACAUACCGCCGCAUCAGCCAGCGCCGCCUGCUGUCUUGCCUCCCAAAUGCUCAGAGGAGAAGGAUCUGAACACCAACUUUAUCAAUCGUGAAUCGAACACAACGGAUGACUCUGGCAGCCCGGAUGAGAACAUCUUGCGCCCCAAACCCGAUAAUGAUCCGCCGCCGCGUUACACCUCGAUUAAUCCCGUAAACCUGCAGAAUGCCAACAAACCGAAACCUCAACCCCGAUCCAAGCUGCCACCGGGCAAUCCCCCAGCGCAGCAGCCCAGUGCUCCGCCGGCUUCCCUGGACUUCCCAUCGCUGCCCAAUGUACCCAACGAUUUGCCCGAUGUCCCGUCCGGGGGUGUGGAAAAGAAGAAGGACGAUGACGACGAGAUUGACUUCGAUGAGCUGUCGCGUCGCUUUGAGAACCUCAAGAAGCGGAAGUGAAGCGGUGGAAACUCAUUCAAUAAGCUACCUAUAUAUUUUAUACAGAUAAUCUCCUUUUCGGUUCUAUAAAGAUAGCCAGAUAUAUGUUAAAGAACUUCUAGUAAGCUAAUAUCCACUUGAAUUGUUAUUUCUUUUUCUUCUAUGUGAAAUGUGAAGAUUUCAAUUGUUUAAACUGUAUUCGUCUUUUAAAUAUAAUUUAUGAAAGUUUUUGUAAUAUUAAAUCAGCAAUAACAUCACUUGAAAAU